AUGUAUGCGUAUGGUAUUAUAGAAGGGGUAAGGUACAACAAUACAAUGGAAGGCGGAAAAUUACCCGGAAGGAGUCGCGGACGGGCGAGCAUCAGUACACGAGGACAACAGCCGCAGCUUCAAGGCGCGUGGUCCCGGCGUCCUGGAUUGUGUGAACAAGCCGAGCAAUCAUCGUACGGCAGAUCUGUUCGUGCAACAUCACCAGCAUCUACUGCAUCCGCGUCUGCUUCUGCUUCUGCUGCUACUGAAAAAGUUGCUGCUGAAAUUGGCGAAUCAUCAUCAACAGUCAAUGUUGGUCGCGGAGCAAUGCGAGGACGUAGAGUCAUUAAUGCAGAUCGAUCACGUGUUACCAACAUCCGAGCUCAUGCUCAAACGUGA